AUGUCAUCUUCAGCAACAAAAGAUAUCCCUGUGGAAAUGGAAACAGCCACUUCAGUGACUUCAGAUGGCUUUGAACGCGGUUUCCGCUUCUGGAUCGUUAUUGCAGGUCUGGCUAUCUCAACUCUGCUAGCUUCGCUCGAACAUACGGUCGUGACGACUCCGGCACCUUACAUUCUAAAGGAUCUGGACAUGAAGGAGAAUUACAUUCGGGUCACGAAUGCUUUCUUCGUUUGCAGUGGCCUUUGUGGAGGCGCAACGAUCGGUGAAAUGUUGAUAGCAGGUCGGGCAAUACAAGGCGCAGGGUUUGGAGGCAUUGUUCUAACUGUCAAUAUCAUCGUUUCGGAUAUAUGUCCUGUGCGAAAGCGAGGCCAAUACAUGGCCAUGAUUCUAGCUGUAUUUGGAGUUGGUGUAGCUCUUGGACCCUUUGUGGGUGGCAGCAUUGCAGAAUACUCGAGUUGGCGACUAGUAUUUUACAUCAAUAUUCCAAUCGGCGGCGUUUCCUUCAUCGUCAUGUUUAUCUUCCUCCAUGUCAAAUACAAAGAUGAAACUUCAUUCACCACCAAGCUCAGGCGCAUCGAUAUUGUGGGCAACACGAUACUCAUGACCGGUACCGUGGCUAUACUAUACGCUUUGACUUACGCUGGAACGACAUUCGCAUGGUCAUCUUGGCACACGCUCGUUCCUCUAUCAUUGGGAUUUCUAAGUUUUGGCUUGUUCGUUGUUUUCGAGGCCAGUGGUAUCGCAGUCGAGCCGGUCCUUCCGUUAAGGUUGUUCAGUGAUCGAACCUCAAUUAUCGUCCUCAUAAACACAUUUCUCAACUCCACUAUUUAUUUUUGGUAUCUGUACUUCAUUCCGGUCUAUUUUCAGGCUGUCAAGUUGUAUUCGCCAAGCCGAGCGGGUUACUCUUUACUCCCACAGGCGUUGGCAGGCCUACCAGGGGCGAUCUUAGCCGCCGUAUCAUUGAGCAAGUGGGGUAAAUUCAAAGUGAUUCAUCUGGUUGGAUUUGGACUCUCCACCAUGGGAAUGGGUUUGUUGUCGAUGUCGAACAAACAUACUUCGAUAUCUGAGUGGGCGGUGUUUCAAAUGAUAGUUGCACUUGGCAUUGGAGUUAUCAUCGACACACUUUUACCUGCAUUUCAAGCUCCAGUGUCUGAAGCAGAUCAAGCUGCUGCGACUUCGGCUUGGAGUUUUAUACGCGCUUUUGGAGCUAUUUGGGGUGUUGCAAUCCCCGCUGUUAUUUUCAAUAACCGUAUCAACGAGAAUCUACAUCUAGUAUCAAAUUUAUCGGCAAGAAAGCUACUGAAAGAUGGUGGUGCUUAUGAGCAAGCGUCAGCAGUGUUUGUCCAACAAUUCUCUGUGGAGGUACAAGAUGAGAUGCGAGAGCUAUACGCAUUAGCUCUAGAUCGCCUGUUUUGGAUUGGAGCAAUCUUUGCCGGAUUAGGAUUCUUGCUGGUUCUGAUAGAGCGCGACGUGCCCCUUAGAAAAACGCUUGAAACAGAAUUUGGACUUGAAAGCAAUAACCAAACUGCGGGCAGUUGCGAUGAGAAGGGCAAAUGA